AUGCCAGAAAAAGGUGACUUGGUCCCAAAGACUUUUGAGGGUGCAUAUCAGUCCGACUUUGUCCAGCAGUUUUUUUCAAACACAGCGAGAAUUAACAAGAAAGCCGUGGAGAAAGCUCUGCAAGAUGCGCUGAAAGACAAUCCAACAACAGAGGAUGGGAUUGAGAAGAAGGACAAAAAUGUGGCAAGAUUAAUCUUGCUGGACUUGUGCAUCAACGUAUUAUUCUGGGAGGGAAAAGAGCCUGGAAGCGAAAUCACAAGGGCAGAUGUCAAAAUGUUCAUAAGCGAUCAAUCAAUAGCAAACAACUGGAUUGAUUGCUAUGGGGAAAUGUUGAAGGAUGAACUGCAAAACGAAAGUUCACAAAGUUUGGGAAGAUCUGCUUUUAUGCAUAGCAUGUGUUGGUAUUCGACAAUACAUUUAACUGUGAGAAACCUCCAUCAAUACUUGUGUGAGCCGCUGUUCCAAAACAUGGGAAAAUGCAGCGUGCUUUUCUUCCCAAUUACCCAUAAUGAAGAAUUUCACCACACGCUCUUGGUCUUUGACAAGGACAUACCGCAAUGGCUGCAUUUUGAUUCAAUGAAACCAAGAAGAGCAGGAACAGGGGAGUGCUUUAAAAGUAUAAAAAAAUUGGUUGAAAUGGUCGAGCUGUGGAUGAGAGCAGUGAAAGAUCAAGCAGAUGAUAUGCUGCAGCAAGGCUGCCGAAUGAAAUUUGACAAGAGUCAAAGCACUCACACAAAAUUAAAGGUGGUUGAAAGUAUAUUGAGCGAUGACGAAAUAAGAACAAUAAGCUGGAUAAAGGAAAAUUAUGAUGGUGGAAGGAUCCCUUUGAACCAUGCCAGAAUCUGCCCCCAACAAGACCAAGGAUCGUAA